CCUGGCGAAACUCCCCUGCAAGAGUACCUCACCAGGGAUUUUGCGCUCGAUCAGGCUUGGGCUCAAGUCACCCUUCGGGUCUCACGUUCUAUACUUCACCUAUCCGCAAAUCGGACUUUCUAUUCAUUCAGGGAUAUGAGCAAGCUGUGCCUGCUGCUAGUCCUGCUGCCCGUUUCGGACGCGCGCCUCCGCGGCUUCAAGGCGCAGGAUCCUCCCGCAGCGGAGGCUCCAUCGCUAGAAGUUUCAGCCACCGUCUCGUGUGACCAGGAGUCCUCGGUCGUGCCCGACACGCCCCUGGGCGAGUUCGACGAGCUCGCGCUGCUCCAGCGGGAGAUGACUCCGGCCCAGGGCAUGCACCAGAAGAGCCACGAGGAGUGGCUGGCGCACGCCUACGAACGCGAGUCGAAGAUCGUUGCCUUCGACAGGGUCCUGCACAACGAUACGGUGACAGGGCAGCUCUCGAAGCUGAGCUCGGAUGGUUGUGCCGACGAUCCGAUGUGGCGGGAUGCUGACGGCGAUGGCUGCGAGAUCUAUGGGUUCGCGAUCGCGUCCGGGAAGUCCACGCGGGAGGCGGCCUGCAAUGGUGGCGGAGAGCUCCCGCCCGCCAGAGGGCUCCGCGGUUCCCGAACGCAGGUAGUGGCGGACGCCACGGCCAAGGUCUUCUGCCCUGUCACGUGCGGCAUGUGCCAGCCAGCAACCGCAGCGGAGCAGAGCGCGGAGGGCUUGGACGACGUGGCCUUUCUGCAGGUGGGGGUCAGCUCGUCCAGCGGGGUCUCCAAGAAAACGGUCGAGUCGUGGGAGGAGCACAUGUCCGAUCACAAGUCCAGGAUCACCACGGACCAGCGUGUGCUGGACAACGAGACCGUCGCCUUCCAGCUGUCCAGGCUGCAGAAGGGGGAGGGCUGCGCCGACGACCCGAUGUGGCGAGACGCAGAUGGCGACGGCUGCGAGAUCUACAGGUUCGUGAUCGAGUCGGGGAAGAGCACGAGGGACGUGGCCUGCAACGGAGGCGGUGAGACCCCGCCUUCCCGGGGGCUUCGCGGCGCUCGCGUAGAGGUUGUGGCAGAUGCCACGGCCAGGAUCUUCUGCCCCUCACGUGCGGCAUGUGCCAGCCAGCAGCCGCAGCGGAGCAGAGCGCGGAGGGCUUGGACGACGUGGCCUUUCUGCAGGUGGGGGUCAGCUCGUCCAGCGGGGUCUCCCAGAAAACGGUCGAGUCGUGGGAGGAGCACAUGUCCGAUCACAAGUCCAGGAUCACCACGGACCAGCGUGUGCUGGACAACGAGACCGUCGCCUUCCAGCUGUCCAGGCUGCAGAAGGGGGAGGGCUGCGCCGACGACCCGAUGUGGCGAGACGCAGAUGGGGACGGCUGCGAGAUCUACAGGUUCGUGA